CUCUUAUUUGCAUCGGAGAAGCUCGCCGUUUUACGAAACUUUGAGGGAUAUUUUCUUCUACUGGAGGAGGACCACUUUGUCCUUGAGGAUGCUUUGCAUGUCCUUCAAAAGGCCAUCAAUCUCGGAACGAGGCAAGCUUCUCCAUGUUUGUUUGGUGUAUUUACGUCUUUUACGUGCUACGCGCAUCACAUUGAGGCCUCACGCCAUGUCAACCACUCUUCUCACAUUCUCAUUGCCGUUGGUAUCCGCUAGGGAGAACAGACUGACAUCGUUCCAGGCGUAUACGUUUCCUGCCAUAAACAAUCGAACACGCUUUGGACCUAUCAGCACGUGCUUAUCUUAG